UCCAUAAAACUGCUCCCAUAUCUGAUUUUUUGCAGUUCCCAGAAGUGUAAAUUGUGUGUAACUGCGUGUUUCAGUGUGUGUGUGUGUGUUUUAUUUUCUGUGUAAUUGUUGUUUGAUGGAGAAUUUAACAAUGGAGAGGAAUUGAAGCUGAAGCAGAGAACAUUGUGACCGUUAAAUCGCAACAUUAACAAUAUCUCAGGUUGCUACUUUUCAGUUGAUACGGCAGAGGAGGGUUUAUGAGACAGUGAGACGUUUUGGCAUCUUUUUACCUUUCGCUCUGAAACUUCGAAUCAUGGGUCUAUUGUUGGCUAUGUGAUCGGGGCCUCUACAAGAGAAGAGGGGGGAAAUUUUGGGAUGGGAGCUAUUGGUGGGGAAGAGUUGAAGAAGUGGGAGAAAAUGCAAGGGGCUGCAUUGGGCGGUGAAGAGAAGAUCCUGGUAUUGGUAAGGUUGAGGCCUCUAAGUGAAAAGGAAAUUGUGAGGAGUGAAGUUUCAGAUUGGGAGUGUAUCAAUGAGACCACCAUUUUGUACAGGAACAGUCUCCAGGAACGGUCUGGAUUGCCUACUGCUUAUACCUUUGAUAGGGUAUAUAGGGGUGAUUGCUCAACAAGGGAAGUGUAUGAGGGAGGAACGAAGGACAUUGCUCUUUCUGUUGUCAGUGGAAUCAACUCAACUAUCUUUGCGUAUGGGCAAACAAGCAGUGGAAAGACAUACACAAUGAAUGGAAUUACAGAGUUUACAGUGACAGACAUAUAUGAUUAUAUGCAAAGGCACGAGGAAAGAGCUUUUGUUUUGAAGUUUUCUGCAAUGGAGAUCUACAAUGAAGUUGUUCGAGACCUCCUCGGCUCAGAUAGUACUCCACUAAGGCUGCUUGAUGAUCCUGAGAAAGGGACCAUUAUUGAGAAACUGACAGAAGAAACUUUAAGGGACUGGGACCAUCUGAAAGAGCUCUUGUCCAUCUGUGAAGCUCAAAGACAAAUUGGGGAGACUUAUCUUAAUGAAAAUAGCUCCAGGUCUCAUCAAAUUCUUAGACUGACAAUUGAAAGUUCAGCUCGUGAGUUUAUAGGGAAGGACAACAAAACAACUCUUUCUGCUAGUGUGAAUUUUGUUGAUCUGGCAGGAAGUGAACGUGCAUCUCAGGCGUUGUCAGUUGGGCAGAGAUUGAAAGAAGGCUGUCAUAUUAAUCGUAGUUUGUUGACUUUGGGAACUGUUAUCCGCAAGCUAAGCAAGGGAAGACAAGGGCAUGUAAAUUACAGAGAUUCUAAGCUAACUCGUAUUCUUCAACCUGCUUUGGGAGGCAAUGCAAGGACUGCCAUAAUCUGCACCUUGAGCCCUGCACGAAGCCAUGUAGAACAAUCUAGGAAUACACUUCUAUUUGCCUGUUGUGCCAAAGAAGUGUCCACUAAUGCACAAGUCAAU